AUGAUAAUAACAAGAACUAAUGGGGAUAGCGAUGAGACCACCUUAUACUUUGUACUGCAAAGAAGAAAAGGACAUGGAAAAUCAAAAGGACUUUCUUCUCUAUUAGUAGGCACUUUGGAUAGUGUAUGGGAUACGAAACCUGCGCCAUACAGAAUAUUACAUCAAACUCCAAACUCAGAAAUAUAUUAUGUAAUAGCUACAGCUCUAACUGAACAAGAGAUUAGACAAGACUGGCAGUGGCUUUUUGAUAAUGUUAGCCCGACUUUGCAUUCUUUUGAUAGCGAAGAAGAAAUCACUGAAUUUGUAUGUUGCAAAAUAAAUUCCAUAUUAGCAACUGAACAGGAGCAUUUAACAGAAGAUGAAGAUACAUACAAAAAUGUGGAUUAUCUAUUUCACCAAAGAUUUUCAAUGCCAAAAGAUGAGAAGUUGGUUUGCUAUUAUUCUUGUAGCUACUGGAAGGGUAAAAUGCCUCGACAAGGGUGGAUAUAUCUGUCCGUUCACUACAUGUGUUUUUACUCAUAUAUCUUUGGAACGAAAACUUCACUAAAGAUCAGAUGGGCUGAUGUCACAGAACUUGCAAAGACAAAUAGUAUCUUGUUUCCAGACUCCAUCAAAGUUGUGACUAGGGAUGGAGAACAUUACUUCACAAUGUUUUUGAAAAAGAAUGAGACAUUUGCAUUAAUGCAACAGCUGGCCAAUAUUGCUAUGAAACAAUUGAUUGAUGACAAGUCAGGUAGUUUUAAUAUUGAUAAAGAUCUACUGACAAAACUUAGCAAGAAUGUGCCAAAGAAGCCAUCAUUCCUCAAGCGGGAUUUAGAUGCAAGAAAGCAGUCAAAUUUGUAUACAUUGCGUUUUCGGUUGCCGCAUACUGAGAAACUGGAUGGUAGUGAAGAAUGUACUUUGUGGACGCCUUACAACAAGAGAUACAAUUGGGGAAGAUUAUACUUGUCACAAAAUUUUAUAUGCUUUGACAGCAGAGUGCGGCACCUAGUCAGGCUGACGAUACCCCUCCGGAACGUGCACCAAGUGGAGAGGGCCGACUCUGGCGGUGCCGGCAGCUCUGGCGAAUCGGGCAGCAUCCUCAUAACGACCGCGCACCACACGAGUUUCCUAUUCGGGAACAUAUCCGACCGCGACUUCCUCGUCCACAAGAUAUCCGAGCUACUAGCCAAGCUGCCCAAUGAUGCGUACAGGGAGAAGUCUACUCGGGCGUUGGACAGGAGCGAGGAGGGGCCCGACUGGACCCCGCAGCCGCCGCUGAUGACCCUGUUCAAGACCCACCAGACCGCCACCAUAAAGCAGAUUCAGCAGAAAAAGGAGAAGCAGUGGGAGGACCACAUGUCGGAGGUGGGCCGCGGCGUCAGCAUGUACCAGACGACGGCGGGCAGCGAGCUGGUGGUGAACGGCAUACCGGAGUCGCUGCGCGGCGAGCUCUGGAGCGUCUUCUCCGGCUCCAGCCUGCAGAAGGCGCAGAACAAGGGCCUCUACGCGAAGCUGGUGAAGCGGGCGCUCGCGUCGAGGAACCAGGCGAAUGACGAGAUCGAGAGGGAUCUGCACCGCUCCCUUCCAGAACACCCCGCCUUCCAGAACGACGUCGGUAUUUCGGCGUUACGCCGAGUGCUUUGCGCUUAUGCACUCAAGAACCCCACCAUCGGGUAUUGCCAGGCCAUGAACAUCGUGGCCUCCGUUCUGCUCAUCUACUGCCCAGAGGAGCAAGCCUUCUGGCUCCUGGCAACAAUAUGCGAGACUCUUCUACCCGACUAUUACAAUACCAGGGUAGUGGGAGCUUUGGUGGACCAGGGCGUUCUGGACGACCUGACCAAGACCCACCUGCCGGAGCUGCACGCGAAGCUUGACGAGCUGGGGAUAAUGAAGAUGAUAUCGCUCUCCUGGUUCCUCACGCUCUUCAUCAGCGUGAUGUCGUACGAGUGCGCCGUCAACGUGAUGGACUGCUUCUUCUACGACGGUGCCAAAGUCAUAUUCCAGGUGACGCUCACGAUCCUGGACAUCAACCGCGAGAAGCUGCUGAAGUGCGCCGAGGACGGGCAGGCCAUGCAGGUGCUCAGCGAGUACCUGGAGGGGAUCUACAACGAGGAGGCGAUGGCGCUCUCCACCGAGCCCAGGACAGCCGAGAAGACGAUAAACGUCCAGGAGCUGGUGUACAAGUCGUACCGCUCGUACGGCGCUGUGGUGAGCGGCGAGUGCAUAGAGCACCUGCGGCUAAAGCACCGGCUGCGGGUGGUGCGCCAGCUCGAGGACAGCCUCGAGAAGAACACGCUCCGCGCGCUGCAGCAGGACCGCCUCCUCGACCCGCAUGAGCUGCAGGAGCUGCUGAGCCUGAUCCGCGAGGAGCUGUUCUGGGCGAAGCGCGUGCCCUGCGAGCGUCUGGAGGCGCCGUACGAGGCGUACAGGCUGGACUACGCACAGUUUAAGACCCUGUUCGGCGCACUGUCGCCCUGGGCCAAGGGCGAGUACGCCGACGCCAUCACCGUCAGGAUGUUCAAGCUGGUGGACCACGACGAGGACGGGCUGGUGAGCGCGCGCGGGCUGAGCGUGGCGCUGGGGCUGAGCGCGCGCGCGGAGGCGCAGCGGCGCCUGCGCGCCCUCUACUGCGCGCACGCGCCGCCGCUGCUCUCGCCGCUCGACCUGCGCCCCGCGCACUACACCGACACCGGCGAGGAGCUCGCCGCGGACGCCAUCUCCUUCUUCGACAGCAUGGACAGCUCUACUUCUCCGGAGCCGAAUGUUAAUCCGGGCAUGCACCGCUCCAUAAGCGAGAUUUGCUACGAUGGCAGCUACAUGGACAAGUCUACAGACAGCACCUCCAGUCAACAGGAGAGCGAGGCGGCGGCGGUGCGCGCGUGCGCCCUGGCCGGUCUGGCGGCCGGCGGGGGCUCCCCUGGCAGCCCCCCGCGGCCCCCCCCGCCGGCGCCCCCGCUGCCCCGCGCGCACCUGCUGCGCCUGCUGGCCGCCCUGCACGGCCUCACCGAGCACAGCGGGCCGCUCUACGAGGCGGUGGCGCGCGCGGGCACCUUGCUGCUACAACUGGGCGAGAUGACGCAUCGACCUGAGUUGGGCCGCGAGAUAUCGCAGGACAGCCUCUUCCUAGCUGCUGCAGCGAAACAACCCGACUCCGCUCAGCUGGACCCCAACGGCAACAAGACGGCGGAUCGGGAAGCAUCGACCCAACAACAAGCGUCACCUUUAAAGGAAAACGAGCCUUCGUCCGACGGCGAAUGGUUCAUAACCCUGGAGCAGUUCCUAGCCACGAUGCUCUCGGAGCCCGCUCUUGAGGAGUUCUUCAAUAAGCAAGUACCACUUCUGCCCAAACUCGAAGCGCUCCGGCAAAGAGACCGAUCACAGUCCGUAUCC